AUGGUUAAUUUUAGCCAUGGUGAUGAUAUCAUCUGGGCGGUAUCAUGUCUUUACGCCGACGGUAUCAACGCCGACGGUAUCUACGCCGAUAGCAUCGACGCCGACGGUACUACGCCGACGGUAUCUACGCCGACGGCAUUUACGCCGACGGCAUCUACGCCGACUAGUAUCUACGCCGACGGAAAAAAUGCCGACGAGUAUCUACGCCGAUAG